CCCCCGGCCGCCUCUCUCCGCCCCGGGUCGCCGCCGCCUUCGCCGCCUUCAGGCCCCGCAGCCUGAAGGAAAAACAGGAAAAGAUUAAAAAAAAAAAAAAGAAAAAGGAAAAGAAAAGAAAGAAACAACAAAAACCAAAACCCGAAAACGCUUUAAAAUCUUAAAAAAAAAAAAAAGCGAGAGAGAGAGAACGAAAAAGCGCAUCCUCCUCAGCAGCCGCGGGGAAGUCACUCGCGCACGCUUCCGGCCUGCCCGCGCCCGUCGGUCCGGUGGUGAGCCGCCCGCCCGCGCCCACGCGCCUCCGCCCCGGCCGCCCCCGCGCCGCGUGGCAGCCCCGCGCCCGCCGCCCUCGCCCUCGCCCUCGCCCUCGCCCCCCGCGCGCCGGCCCGGGGCGCACCACGUGUCCGCGCUGCCCUUCGCCGGCCCGGCGUGGGAGGCGGCUGCGCGCCCGGCCCGCGGGGCUUGCCGAGUCGGCGCCGCCCGAGAUUCGGUUUCCCUCUCCUGGCUGCUGUAAUCUUAAACCGCCGGGAGCCCGAGGCCUAUAUUUAUAGAGAAACGCGUGUCCCGGAGGCCCGCCGUGGGCACCAUCGGGUUGCCCUCUUGGAGCAUUUUUCUCCAAAAAUUCUCUUGGAGAAAUUUUUUUUUCUUAAUAAUUCGGAGCGGAGUCCCCGUUUUAAUACGUUACUAUUAUUAGCUUUUUUUUUUUUUUUUUUUUUUUGGACAGCCUGCAAAUUAACAAACUCCCAGGGAGGGCCAUAUUGUUUUUUGAGAGCCUUUUGUCUGCGGUUUUGCAGUCUCGAACGAGCUGUCCCUGAACUCCUCCUUCCGGUCCUGCGGCUCCCCGAGCCUGCCCCGGCGUCCCUAAGCUUCCCUCUGCCACCUGUGAGCCGCGGCGCGGGCCACGGCUCCGAGAAGAGCCCCUUUUGUCCUGUGUGGUCCCUAUAAGAAGUUCUCCUGGCGGGGCUCGGGGUGGUGGGGGCUGGGGAGAUGAACGCUGCGGCCAGCAGCUACCCCAUGGCCUCCCUCUACGUGGGUGACCUGCACUCGGACGUCACCGAGGCCAUGCUGUAUGAAAAGUUCAGUCCUGCGGGGCCUGUGCUGUCCAUCCGGGUCUGCCGCGAUAUGAUCACCCGCCGCUCCCUGGGCUAUGCCUACGUCAACUUCCAGCAGCCGGCCGACGCUGAGCGGGCCUUGGAUACCAUGAACUUUGAUGUGAUUAAGGGAAAGCCAAUCCGUAUCAUGUGGUCUCAGAGGGAUCCCUCUUUGAGAAAAUCUGGUGUGGGAAAUGUCUUCAUCAAGAAUCUGGACAAAUCUAUAGAUAACAAGGCACUUUAUGAUACUUUUUCUGCUUUUGGAAACAUUCUGUCUUGUAAGGUGGUGUGUGAUGAGAACGGCUCUAAGGGUUAUGCCUUUGUCCACUUCGAGACCCAAGAGGCUGCUGACAAGGCCAUCGAGAAGAUGAACGGCAUGCUCCUCAAUGACCGCAAAGUGUUUGUGGGCAGAUUCAAGUCUCGAAAAGAGCGGGAAGCUGAGCUUGGAGCCAAAGCCAAAGAGUUCACCAAUGUCUAUAUCAAAAACUUUGGGGAAGAGGUGGAUGAUGAGAGUCUGAAAGAGCUCUUUAGCCAGUUUGGUAAGACCCUAAGUGUCAAGGUGAUGAGAGAUCCCAGUGGGAAAUCCAAAGGCUUUGGCUUUGUGAGUUACGAAAAGCACGAGGAUGCCAAUAAGGCUGUGGAAGAGAUGAAUGGAAAAGAAAUCAGUGGGAAAGUCAUUUUUGUAGGCCGUGCACAGAAGAAAGUGGAGCGGCAGGCGGAGUUAAAGCGGAAAUUUGAACAGUUGAAACAAGAGAGAAUUAGUCGGUAUCAGGGGGUGAAUCUCUACAUUAAGAACUUGGAUGACACCAUUGAUGAUGAGAAGUUAAGGAAAGAGUUUUCUCCUUUUGGAUCAAUCACCAGUGCAAAGGUAAUGUUGGAGGAUGGGAGAAGCAAAGGGUUUGGCUUUGUCUGCUUCUCAUCUCCUGAAGAGGCGACCAAAGCAGUCACUGAGAUGAAUGGACGCAUCGUGGGCUCCAAGCCACUGUAUGUCGCCUUGGCGCAGAGGAAGGAAGAGAGAAAAGCUCAUCUGACCAACCAGUAUAUGCAGCGGGUGGCUGGAAUGAGAGCGCUCCCUGCCAAUGCCAUCUUAAAUCAGUUCCAGCCUGCAGCUGGUGGUUACUUUGUGCCAGCAGUUCCACAGGCUCAGGGAAGACCUCCAUACUACACCCCUAACCAGUUAGCACAGAUGAGGCCAAAUCCACGCUGGCAGCAAGGUGGGAGACCUCAAGGCUUCCAAGGAAUGCCAAGUGCUAUACGCCAGUCUGGGCCUCGUCCAGCUCUUCGCCAUCUGGCUCCAACUGGUAAUGCUCCGGCCUCUCGUGGCCUCCCUACUACUGCUCAGAGAGUCGGGUCUGAGUGCCCGGACCGCUUGGCUAUGGACUUUGGUGGGGCUGGCGCCGCCCAGCAAGGGCUGACUGACGGCUGCCAGUCUGGAGGUGUGCCCACAGCCGUGCAGACCUUAGCACCUCGUGCUGCUGUCGCCGCUGCUGCCCCUCGGGCUGUCGCACCUUACAAAUAUGCCUCCAGUGUCCGCAGCCCUCACCCCGCCAUCCAGCCUUUGCAGGCCCCCCAGCCUGCCGUCCAUGUACAGGGGCAGGAGCCCCUGACCGCCUCCAUGCUGGCUGCAGCACCCCCCCAGGAGCAGAAGCAGAUGCUGGGAGAACGUUUGUUCCCACUCAUCCAAACCAUGCAUUCAAACCUGGCUGGAAAAAUCACAGGCAUGCUGCUGGAGAUCGACAACUCUGAGCUGCUGCACAUGCUGGAGUCCCCUGAGUCUCUCCGCUCCAAGGUGGAUGAAGCUGUGGCGGUUCUACAGGCUCAUCAUGCCAAGAAAGAAGCUGCCCAGAAGGUGGGCGCUGUUGCUGCUGCUACCUCUUAGACAAGGAAAAACCGAUUCAAAAGCCAAAUAACCCCUCCUGGAAUUCAGCUCAAGGUUUGAAGAUUUCUAGCGUGUCCUAUGGACCUCAACACCAGGAACCACAAAUUGGAAAUUUAAUAGGUCAUUUUGUAUCAAAAGGUCAAUUAUGAAGCACCUAGAAUUUUUCAAUUUAAAGAAUAUAUUCUCUGGGUUCUGCUUUGGCCCAGACAGUGUUAACUUUUUUUUUCUAUUGUGGGUUUUGAUUUUUUCCCCCAGAAAUUGGUUUUAUUUGAUGUACCCAAGUCUUAAGUUUCUCAAUAAAGAAAAAAAUCUCCAUAAAA